AUGGACAAGUCGCCGAUGGGAAAGCUCCCGCCUGAGCUACGAAAUAAAAUCUACGAGCUGGUUCUGGUCAAGUCGAGGCCCAUUUACGUCAAGAGUUGCCUCGAGACCGACCCCAACCGAGCUGUUAUUUGUACGAGUAAUAGCGAGCGCCCGGAGCUAGCUUUGCUGCGCACUUGCAAGCAGAUUCAGCAAGAAGCAACUUCAAUCCUGUACCACGACAACGUCUUCACCUUCACAAGUCAAAACGGCGAUUCGGCACUCGCUUUCGAAAACUUCAUCAAACUCAUUGGCUCUAGCAGCGCUGCCUCCUUGCGGUCAUGCCGUGUGGAGGGAGGCAGCACUCGGCUCUUUCCGACCAAAUGCGAGAACCUAGGUGAGCAGAUUUGCUCAUGGGGAAAGAAGACGCUGGAUUUGUCAGACCAGCUCCCAGAGUGCAGCAUUACUGGCACCUGGCGCUUCAAGGUGGUCGACAAGAUCGAGCUUUACGCAUUCGACUUUUCAUCAACGAGGGAAGUUUUCGUCAAGCAGUGGAAGACAGCUACGUGUCAAGCCCUCCAAAAUUUGUGCAAUGUAAUGAGAGAGCUCUGCGGCUUACACUACAACGAUCCUCGGAACGAUGCUCUACAACGGCUCUGUGAUGAAAUGAGCGAUGUCGCGCAGGCCCUGAAGAAAUGUUUCGGCGAGCUGGGCAACGACAGACGCGCAUGUGACGCACGAAGAAUGCCUGAGACGCACCUGUUGUAUCAGAGCAUGGAGAAGACCGACUAUUCGACACUCGCUGGUGGAGGCUUGCAUUGCUGA